UUAGCGAAAACGAUACGCCGAGACUGCUGCAACUGUCAGCUGCCAAGAAGACCUUUAAAGACCUUCAUUCACUGGAUAUUGGAAUCUUUUCAAAUUCCAGAACAGUCAUGGCUCCUCCAAUACGUUACCGCACGAUGCGUGUGUUCAUGAAUGAUGACCGUCAUGCCAUGGCCAAACACUCGGCUAUCUACCCAACUCAGGAGGAAUUGGAAAGUGUACAGAACAUGGUAUCUCAUACAGAGCGUGCCCUCAAGGCUGUUUCUGACUGGUUGGAUAAAGAAGAAAAGGAAGAGAAGGACACUUCCAAGACAAACUCUGAUGGUGCUGAGACUGAUAAAGAGAGUGAGCUCAAAGAACAAGCUGCACGGACUCUGCGUGGCGUAAUGAGGGUGGGCCUGGUUGCCAAGGGUUUGCUACUGAAGGGGGAUCUGGACCUAGACCUAGUGCUUCUCUGUAAGGACAAGCCUACCAUCACUCUGUUGAUGAAAGUGUCUGAAAACCUUGUUGCACAGCUCAAGGAGAUCACAGAAGAAAAGUAUGUGGUCACCCAGGAAAUGCAUGAGGCCAGUAUUGUCAUCAAGAACAACAAGGAACCCCCUCUUUCACUCACCAUCCACCUGACAUCGCCAUUAGUCCGUGAGGAUAUGGAGAAGGCUGCUGCUGGAGAAACGCUUUCAAUCAACGAUCCCCCGGAUGUUCUGGACAGGCAGAAAUGCCUAACUGCCUUGGCGUCUCUCCGCCACGCUAAGUGGUUCCAGGCCAGAGCUAAUGGGCUGCGCUCCUGUGUCAUCGUCAUCCGAAUUCUAAGGGAUCUGUGUGCCCGUGUCCCCACAUGGUCGCCACUUCGUGGUUGGCCACUGGAACUGAUCUGUGAGAAAGCUAUUGGUACAGGGAACCGACCCAUGGGGGCUGGAGAAGCUCUGCGUAGAGUUUUGGAAUGUCUGGCUUCAGGAAUCCUCAUGACAGAUGGUCCUGGAAUCUGUGAUCCAUGUGAGAGAGAACUCAAAGAUGCUGUUGGUCAUCUUGACCAACAGCAGAGAGAAGACAUCACACAGAGUGCACAACAUGCCCUAAGGUUGGCAGCUUUUGGGCAGCUUCACAAAGUGCUUGGAAUGGAUCCUCUACCAUCUAAGAUGCCCAAGAAACCUCGGACUGAGACCCCUAUUGAUUACACAGUGCAAAUUCCACCCAGUACGACUUACGCCCCACCAAUGAAAAGGCCCAUUGAGGAAGAAGAUGGAACAGAUGACAAGAGUCCCAACAAAAAGAAGAAGAAGUUACAGAAGAAAACUCCAGAUGAAAAGGCUGAGCCUUCUCCAGCUAUGAAUGCUUUGAUGAGACUCAACCAGCUGAGGCCAGGUCUCCAGUACAAACUGAUAUCCCAGACUGGCCCAGUUCAUGUUCCAAUUUUCACUAUGGCUGUAGAAGUGGAUGGGAAAACCUUUGAAGCUUUUGGGCCUUCUAAACGUACUGCUAAGCUUCAUGUAGCUUUAAAAGUCCUCCAGGAUAUGGGUUUGCCGACAGGAGUGGAGGUGAAGAAUGCCGAUGCAGAAAAACAAAAGGAAACAACGGGUACCACAGAAGUUAAAUCUGAGCCGGCAGCAACACCCAUUGAAACUGCUAUUGCUGCAGCGGUAACGGCCAAUGCGGAUGCCACCGAUGCUGUAGAGUCUGCUCGCCAACAGGGACCAAUUCUGACUAAACACGGGAAGAACCCUGUGAUGGAACUGAAUGAGAAGCGUCGCGGCCUAAAGUAUGACCUCAUCUCGGAGACUGGUGGGAGCCACAUCAAACGCUUUGUAAUGGAGGUGGAAAUAGAUGGGCAGAAGUUCCAGGGGACAGGGACCAAUAAGAAGGUGGCAAAGGCUUAUGCUGCUCUGGCAGCUUUGGAGCAGCUCUUCCCAGAAGGCACUGUAACUGAAGGACCGAAAAAGAAAAAGGGUCCACCCAUGCACAUUUCAGGGUUUGGCAUGGUUGCUUCAGGAGCUGGAGAAUCUGCUACCCCAAGAAGCAGAGGGAGAGGUGGGCGAGGUCGUGGAAGAGGAAGAGGUUUCAAUAAUGCUGGCGGCUAUGGCCAAGGAGGUGGGUUUGGAACAUAUGGCUAUGGGAACGACGCUGAAUCUGGAUACAAUUUCUACAACAGUGGUGGCACAACAGGAGGAGCUGGGCUUUCAGGCACCCUGUCAGGUGGCACUCUGUCCAAUCCAGCUCCAGGAUCAACACAGGGUUCCUAUGGUUCAUUCUACCAAUAUCUGGGAGCCCACAUUGCCCUUUCAGCCGACAAAAUCCAGAAAAAGAAACCUCUCAAGCCCAAGGGAGGGAAACCACCAUUUUCAGGUCCUGUGAGUGCAAGCAGUGGCCCUGUAGGGGGCUAUCAGUCCGGCGGUCUCUCUGGGCUGGGCACCUAUAACCAGUAUGGCGAAGGCUAUGGACAGGGCAAGAAGAAUUUUGGCCUAAACCUGGGGGCUACAGGAGGGUACUCCUUAUACAGCACAGCCUACCCUAGCCAGGCAACAGGGGGCUCAGGAGGCAGCCAAGAAUACAGUUAUCAAGGUUUUAACAGUCAAUCCAGUUACAGCUCACAGGGAGGAAACAACCAGGGUUUUGGCAACAACCACAAUCAAUACCACAACCCAACGAGCUAUGGAAGAGGAGACUCCAGCAUGAUGUAUCAGUACAGAUAGACUGUUGUCACUCCCAUUUCUGAAUCUUGGUGGCCUUUGAUACGAUCAUCGGUACCAAAUGUCAUGUAUCAGUGUCUCGAGUUUCUCCAAAGAAAGUGAUAGUUUAACUGUGCUCUACAGCUUUUCCAUGUUUGCUUUGUCUGUGCUUUUGGAUUUAUUUGUAGCACAUGUGCACAAAAAUGUCAGUUUUGUCAGUGCUGAUUUGUUGUGCAAAAAGAAAAAGGUGUGGCCUGUUUCAGUGGUCUGUUCAUUGAUCUAUUUUAUUUUUAAGUUAAUAUUUUAAAUACUAUAGCAGUCCUCAACUUCAUCUCUGACAAUGAAGGAAGAUGCUCCAAACACCUUGUUCAUUAGUUCCUACAGAAUUUUGUGGAGAAAAGUUUAUUCUCAUGUGUAACUGGUAAGCUAUUGUAGUUUUGAAUUAUGGCGCCCCCCCCCCCCCCCCCCAACAGUUCACACCUGACUACUUUUUCCUUAUUUGAGUUAUUUUGUAAUCUGCUAAAUGUGAUGUAGUUAUUUUAAUAAAUCCUUUUGGAAAUUGUUUUUCUGUUACUGAA